ACGAAGCAGAGAAACUAACAACCCUUAACAUAAAAACUAUAAGUUUGACUUUGUCAGUGUUUUUUUAAGUGUGUUGAGCUCUCAGUGUUUUUAUGGUGUCUUCCAAGAGCAUAUUGCAAAAGUAUGCGAUGAAGAUGCGUUGGGCACUGCCCGCGUAUGAGAAUUUGAAUGAGGGUUACGAGUGGCAACCAAGUUUCAGAUCUUUUGUCACUAUCAAUGGCUCGAAAUACGAAUCCAGUGGUGUUUACAAGCACAAAAAAGCUGCAGAACUGUCUGCUGCUCAGGUUGCUAUAUAGGCCAUCAAACAAUCCGGUUGUCGUUUUGAGGAGACAAUGGGCAAAAAACUCCUUACAGAACUUCUUGUAAAUAUGGGCAUAGAUUCUCCUACGUUUCCAUUUACAGAGACGGUAGAUUUUAUUUCAACGGUACAAAUUGGGGGGGUUUCCUAUGUUGGCGGUGUUGCAAAGAGUAAGAGGGAAGCUGAAGCAAAGGCUGUCGUUGUAGCUUUUCAAGCCAUCGAAGAACAAGUCGGAGAUCCUCAGUUCUUGCUUCAACUUCAGGCUGAAGGCAGGGUGAGUCCUGAGCUGGAACAGUCCACCGAAGAGUGCAAGGAUAUUAAGCCUGAAUUGAAGAAAGAGACUGAAGCAUAGAAUAAAGAUGUACAGGAGGUUAAUUUAAAAGAUUCUAUAAACAAGAGAGAUAGACGUGACAUUGAGAAUUGUGAACAGAUAAGUGGCAAGAUAAAAAGGGAAAAAAAAAGAAAAAAACCACACGAUGAUUAGUGACUCUGAGAAUUGUGAACAGAUUAGUGGUAAGAUAAAAAGGGAAGAAAAAGAAAAGAACCGGAGGAUGAUUAGUGACUCUGAGAAUUGUGAACAGAUUAGUGGCAAGAUAAAAAGGCAAAAAACAGAAAAGAACCGGAGGACGAUUAGUGACUCUGAGAAUUGUGAACAGAUUAGUGGCAAGAUAAAAAGGAAAAAAAAAAGUAAAGAACCACAGGACGAUUUUAGCAGCCCAUCAAUGAACAACUGACACUAUCAGCAUGUUGAAGAUUUUCCCAUAUUUCUGGAUAUUCAAGUUUUGAUUUAGGACUCGUUCUGUUCCUUUUGAUUAGUUUCCACAAUUUUUUAAUGGCGAAACAUCACUAUUUGUAUUAAAUAAUAAAUGAAUGUUUUUUUUCAAAA